AUGAAAAAUCGCAAAAUUAAAGAGAGACCACCAUGGGAUGACGGAACUGAACAACAAUCUCUACGCAGACCACCAUUAAAUCCUGUAUGGGCUGCGGAAGUUGUAGCAAUACCUCCUCGCGGAAAUGCUCCGAGAAUAAAUCCAGAUGAUCUGCCUCCAUACCAAGAUCCAAUGGGCGAGAAACUUCCUCAAAAGCCAAAAGGUAAACGCUACACUGUAAGUGGAAGAGAAAUUCCAGAAGAUGACCCAAAUAUGAUUUGGCAGUGUCCAUAUUGCGGAGCUGAAUGGUAUGCAGAUGAUCCAGGAAGAUGCCCAAAGUGUCAUACUGAUUUAUAUGCUCCACGUCCAACAUACGGCUUAAUGCAUCCACUUAUUGCAGCGAUGCAAAUGAUUGACGAAGGCUACGAUCCUAGAACUGGCGAAAUCGAUGAAGUCAUGGAUAGAUUAAUGAAGGAGCAAAUUGAAGCUGUAGGAGGCCACAGGCCAGAUCCUCCUAAGCGAAAAGUUACUUCAAAUGUACGAAGGCUUCUCUUCAUUGAACCUGGAAACGAACCAAAACGUCGUGAUCCAGCAGCUACUUAUCUCGAUUUAAUCGACAUUCCAGCUGGAAGUCGAGCAAAAUGCGAUAUUUGCCAUAUGGCUUUGAAACCAACACAGAGAGUUGCAAAAUUAAAGUGUGGCCAUCAAGUACAUUCCAAUUGCAUUUCGCAACAUUUCAAAACGAGUAGUAAUUGCCCAGUAUGCAAUCAACCAUUGUAA